GCUCAUGAUGCCUCAGGUCUGAUCCGCAUCUAACAGGCUGGCAAUGAAGAUACCCAGAGAAUAGUUCACAUUUAUCAUGCGUCACUUCUAGACACAGCCACCAGACGCGUCUCCUCCCCUCUCUGCCUGACCUGUGGCUUAGGGACACAUCCCACCGCCUCUCUUGACGUCUGCCUGGUCAACCAUCACUUCCUUGGAGAAUAAGGAGAGAGGCGGACGCAGGAAAUCAUGCCACCGACGGGCCACCAGCCAUGAGCGGGUGACGCUGAGUUGACGUCAAAGACAGAGAGGGCUGAAGCCUUGUCAGCACCUGUCACCCCGGCUCCUGCUCUCAGCUUUGCCUGAAGCCUGGCUCCUCCUGGUGAAAUCACCUUGGCCUGAUAGCAUCGUGAGGUCUUCAGACAGGACCCCUUGGAAGCUGGUUACCAUGGAGGAUCACAUGUUCGGUGUUCAGCAAAUCCAGCCCAAUGUCAUUUCUGUUCGUCUUUUCAAGCGCAAAGUUGGGGGCCUGGGAUUCCUGGUGAAGGAGCGGGUCAGUAAGCCACCCGUGAUCAUCUCCGACCUGAUUCGUGGGGGCGCCGCGGAACAGAGUGGCCUCAUCCAGGCCGGAGACAUCAUUCUUGCGGUCAACGGCCGGCCCUUGGUGGACCUGAGCUAUGACAGCGCCCUGGAGGUACUCAGAGGCAUUGCCUCCGAGACCCACGUGGUCCUUAUUCUGAGGGGCCCUGAAGGCUUCACCACGCACCUGGAGACCACCUUUACAGGUGAUGGGACCCCCAAAACCAUCCGGGUGACGCAGCCCCUGGGUCCCCCCACCAAAGCUGUGGAUCUGUCCCACCAGCCAUCAGCCGGCAAAGAACAACCGCUGGCAGUGGAUGGGGCCUCGGGUCCUGGGAAUGGGCCUCAGCAUGCCCAAGACGAUGGGCAGGAGGCUGGCUCGCUCCCCCAUGCCAACGGCCUGGCCCCCAGGCCCCCGGGCCAGGACCCUGCAAAGAAAGCAGCCAGAGUCGGCCUCCAAGGCAGAGGGGAGAACAAUGAACUGCUCAAGGAGAUAGAGCCUGUGCUGAACCUUCUCACCAGUGGGAGCAGAGGGGUCAAGGGAGGGGCACCUGCCAAGGCAGAGAUGAAAGAUAUGGGAAUCCAGGUGGACAGAGAUUUGGACGGCAAAUCACACAAACCUCUGCCCCUUGGUGUGGAGAAUGACCGAGUCUUCAAUGACCUAUGGGGGAAGGGCAAUGUGCCUGUGGUCCUCAACAACCCAUAUUCAGAGAAGGAGCAGCCCCCUGCCUCAGGAAAACAGUCCCCCACAAAGAAUGGCAGCCCCUCCAAGUGUCCACGCUUCCUCAAAGUCAAGAACUGGGAGACUGACGUGGUUCUCACUGACACCCUCCACCUUAACAGCACAUUGGAAACGGGAUGCACUGAGUACAUCUGCAUGGGCUCCAUCAUGCUUCCUUCUCAGCAUAUACGGAGGCCUGAAGAUGUCCGCACAAAAGAACAGCUCUUCCCUCUCGCCAAAGAGUUUAUUGAUCAAUACUAUUCAUCAAUUAAAAGAUUUGGCUCCAAAGCCCACAUGGAAAGGCUGGAAGAAGUGAACAAAGAGAUCGAAACCACUAGCACCUACCAGCUCAAGGAUACAGAGCUCAUCUACGGGGCCAAGCAUGCCUGGCGGAAUGCCUCACGCUGUGUGGGCAGGAUCCAGUGGUCCAAGCUGCAGGUAUUCGAUGCUCGCGACUGCACCACAGCCCACGGGAUGUUCAACUACAUCUGCAACCACGUCAAGUAUGCCACCAACAAAGGGAACCUCAGGUCUGCCAUCACCAUAUUCCCCCAGAGGACAGACGGCAAGCACGACUUCCGAGUCUGGAACUCCCAGCUCAUCCGCUACGCUGGCUACAAGCAGCCCGACGGCUCCACCCUGGGGGACCCGGCCAACGUGCAGUUCACAGAGAUUUGCAUACAGCAGGGCUGGAAACCCCCGAGAGGCCGCUUUGAUGUCCUGCCGCUCCUGCUUCAGGCCAACGGCAAUGACCCUGAGCUCUUCCAGAUUCCUCCAGAGCUGGUGUUGGAAGUUCCCAUCAGGCACCCCAAGUUUGAGUGGUUCAAGGACCUGGGGCUGAAGUGGUACGGCCUCCCUGCUGUGUCCAACAUGCUCCUGGAGAUUGGCGGCCUGGAGUUCAGCGCCUGUCCCUUCAGUGGCUGGUACAUGGGCACAGAGAUUGGUGUCCGCGACUACUGUGACAACUCCCGCUACAAUAUCCUGGAGGAAGUGGCCAAGAAGAUGAACUUAGACAUGAGGAAGACGUCCUCGCUGUGGAAGGACCAGGCGCUGGUGGAGAUCAAUAUCGCGGUUCUCUAUAGCUUCCAGAGUGACAAAGUGACCAUUGUUGACCAUCACUCCGCCACCGAGUCCUUCAUUAAGCACAUGGAGAACGAGUACCGCUGCCGGGGAGGCUGCCCUGCCGACUGGGUGUGGAUUGUGCCCCCCAUGUCUGGAAGCAUCACCCCUGUGUUCCACCAGGAGAUGCUCAACUACCGGCUCACCCCCUCCUUCGAAUACCAGCCUGAUCCCUGGAACACCCACGUCUGGAAAGGCACCAACGGGACACCCACAAAGCGGCGAGCCAUCGGCUUCAAGAAACUGGCAGAAGCUGUCAAGUUCUCGGCCAAGCUGAUGGGGCAGGCUAUGGCCAAGAGGGUCAAAGCAACCAUCCUGUAUGCCACGGAGACAGGCAAAUCGCAAGCUUAUGCCAAGACCUUGUGUGAGAUCUUCAAACACGCCUUUGAUGCCAAGGUGAUGUCCAUGGAAGAAUAUGACAUCGUGCACCUGGAACAUGAAACUCUGGUCCUCGUGGUUACCAGCACCUUUGGCAACGGAGAUCCCCCUGAGAAUGGGGAGAAAUUUGGCUGUGCGUUGAUGGAAAUGAGGCACCCCAACUCUGUGCAGGAAGAAAGGAAGAGCUACAAGGUCCGAUUCAAUAGCGUCUCCUCCUACUCUGACUCCCAAAAAUCAUCAGGCGAUGGGCCCGACCUCAGAGACAACUUUGAGAGUGCUGGACCCCUGGCCAAUGUGAGGUUCUCAGUGUUUGGUCUUGGCUCACGAGCGUACCCUCACUUUUGCGCCUUCGGACAUGCUGUGGACACCCUCCUGGAAGAACUGGGAGGGGAGAGGAUCCUGAAGAUGAGGGAAGGGGAUGAGCUCUGUGGGCAGGAAGAGGCUUUCAGGACCUGGGCCAAGAAGGUCUUCAAGGCAGCCUGUGAUGUCUUCUGUGUGGGAGAUGAUGUCAACAUUGAAAAGGCGAACAAUUCCCUCAUCAGCAAUGACCGCAGCUGGAAGAGAAACAAGUUCCGCCUCACCUAUGUGGCCGAAGCUCCAGAACUCACGCAAGGUCUAUCCAAUGUCCACAAAAAGCGAGUCUCAGCUGCCCGACUCCUUAGCCGUCAAAACCUCCAGAGCCCUAAAUCCAGUCGGUCAACUAUCUUCGUGCGUCUCCACACCAACGGGAAUCAGGAGCUGCAGUACCAGCCUGGGGACCACCUGGGUGUCUUCCCUGGCAACCACGAGGACCUCGUGAAUGCCCUGAUCGAGCGGCUGGAGGACGCACCCCCUGUCAACCAGAUGGUGAAAGUGGAGCUGCUGGAGGAGCGGAACACGGCUUUAGGCGUCAUCAGUAACUGGACAGACGAGCACCGCCUCCCACCCUGCACCAUCUUCCAGGCCUUCAAGUACUACCUGGACAUCACCACGCCACCAACGCCCCUGCAGCUGCAGCAGUUUGCCUCCCUAGCCACCAAUGAGAAGGAGAAGCAGCGUCUGCUGGUCCUCAGCAAGGGUUUGCAGGAGUAUGAGGAAUGGAAAUGGGGCAAGAACCCCACCAUCGUGGAGGUGCUGGAGGAGUUCCCAUCCAUCCAGAUGCCGGCCACCCUGCUCCUGACCCAGCUGUCCCUGCUGCAGCCCCGCUACUAUUCCAUCAGCUCCUCCCCAGACAUGUACCCUGAUGAAGUGCACCUCACUGUGGCCAUCGUUUCCUACCGCACUCGAGAUGGAGAAGGACCAAUUCACCACGGCGUGUGCUCCUCCUGGCUCAACCGGAUACAGGCUGACGAAGUGGUCCCCUGUUUCGUGAGAGGAGCACCCAGCUUCCACCUGCCCCGGAACCCCCAAGUCCCCUGCAUCCUCGUUGGACCGGGCACCGGCAUUGCACCUUUCCGAAGCUUCUGGCAACAGCGGCAAUUUGAUAUCCAACACAAAGGAAUGAACCCCUGCCCCAUGGUCCUGGUCUUCGGGUGCCGGCAAUCCAAGAUAGAUCAUAUCUACAGGGAAGAGACCUUGCAGGCCAAGAACAAGGGGGUCUUCAGAGAGCUGUACACGGCUUACUCCCGGGAGCCAGACAAACCAAAGAAGUACGUGCAGGACAUCCUGCAGGAGCAGCUGGCGGAGUCUGUGUACCGAGCCCUGAAGGAGCAAGGGGGCCACAUUUACGUCUGUGGGGACGUCACCAUGGCCGCUGAUGUCCUCAAAGCCAUCCAGCGCAUCAUGACCCAGCAGGGGAAGCUCUCGGCAGAGGACGCCGGCGUGUUCAUCAGUCGGUUGAGGGAUGACAACCGGUACCACGAGGAUAUUUUCGGAGUCACCCUGCGAACAUAUGAAGUGACCAACCGCCUUAGAUCUGAGUCCAUUGCCUUCAUUGAAGAGAGCAAAAAAGACACCGAUGAGGUUUUCAGCUCCUAACUGGACCCUCUUGCCCAGCCGGCUGCAAGUUUUGUAAGCGCGGACAGACACUGCUGAACUUUUCCUCUGGGACCCUGCGUGGCCCUCGCUCUGCCUCCUGUCCUUGUCGCUGUGCCCUGGUUUCCCUCCUCGGGGUUCUCGCCCCUCAGUGGUUUCCUCGGCCCUCCUGGGUUUCCUCCUUGAGUUUUCCUGCUGCGAUGCAAUGCUUUUCUAAUCUGCGGUGGCUCUUACAAAACUCUGUUCCCGCCCCCUCUCUUGCUGACAAGGGCAGCUCACGGGUGCAUGAAACCACUGGAACAUGGCCGUCGCUGUGGGGUUUUUUUUUCUCUGGGGUUCCCCUGGAAAGGCUGCAGGAACUAGGCACAAGCUCUCUGAGCCAGUCCCUCAGCCGCUGAAGUCCCCUUCUUUUUUAUGAUGACAUUUUGGUGGUGCGUGUGUAUAUGCGUGUGUGAUGGGCCGGGUCUCUGUCCAUCUCCUUCCCUGCACAAGUGUGUCGAUCUUAGAUCGCCACUGCUUUCAUUGAAGACCCUCGAUGCCAAGAAACAUGUCCCUGGCCCAUAUUAAUCCCACAUGCGUCCAUAAUUAAGGGUCCACGCCCAUGUACCUGAAACAUUUGGAAGCCCCGUAAUUGUUCUAGUUAGAAAGGGUUCAGGGCAUGGGGAGAGGAUGGGAAAUUGAUUAAGGGGGCUAUCUCCCAAUGCAAGAGGCAUUCCCAGAAUCUGAUGCAUUUAGAUUCCGAUACCACUGAGCAGAGCCCUCAUGUGACAUGAACCCAUCCAAUGGGAUUGGGCAAAUCCCCUCUCCAAACCCAGCCAUCCCAACCAGAAUCACUUAACUUGUCCACGUCCAUUGAGUCCCCCCUUCCAGCAAUACCAAGGGGUCCGGAAGUUACGUUGUUCAAAGAAGUCCGGUGGCAAUAAGGAUCUUCCACUUUGCCACCAGGUGACUUUGGAUGGGUCCUUUGUCCUCAGUUUUUCCUAGUCAUAAUGUCAUAUGAACCUAAAGAAUAUGAAUGGAUUAAAUGUUAAAGCUUUGGUGCCUGGAAACAAUAUCAAGUAACAAUAUGAUUGUUAUUUUUUUAUUCCCCCAAAGGGGGCUUGCUGCUUCACCCUUGGGGAUGAAAUGAUGGGAGCUCGUUAAAGUGGAUGAGGUUGGAAAGAGUUGCCACAAUGAGGUCCCACGUGGCUUCUUCAAUAGGAACCACAACUCAGGGUGGGAAGAACUUGGCCCUCAGGCUUGUUGCCCUCUACAGUUGAUCUCCAAAGUUUUAAACCUGUUAAAGUAAUUUUGACAAAUAAAUUACCCUCAACUCAGAUCAAAAAUGGGCAGCCAAGUCUUUGGCAGGAAUUGGGGCCCGCGCAAUUUCUCCCUAAGAGGCAAUCUGUUGAAUUUACUCUCUCAAAGUAAAUGGUGGGAAGGGAUCCCUUUUUAUACUUUUUUAAGUACUACAAAUUAAUGUCAGGCAGUUCCCAGAAAGAAACAAGAAAUCCUAGUGGCCCCCCAGACUGCAGGGUCCCCAAGGAUGGAAAGAGAAUGUUCUGCUGGUUCUACCCUGUUUGUUGUGUCUUGCCAUACAGAAAAACCACAUUUCUUUUAUAUGCUGUGCGUGGGCAUAUCUUGGUGUUCAGUUUGGGCGCCCGCUAAAGAGGAAGUGCACUGGCCCUCUUUGAAAGGCCUUUACAAUGAGGGCACCAACACCCCAAAGGACCCAGGCCAGGAGACUGUUAAAGUGAAAAGGCAAUCUAUGUCUCACCUUGCUCUACCAUCCCUGGCAGCCCUCCCCAGUGCCCCGUUACUGCCAUGUGGAGCUUGACUUCAUGCCAGCUAUAAUCUCCCCUGCCUUCCUUUAAUCACAAUUUCCCCUGCUCAGUCUUCCACAGAUGUAAAGAACAAAGACUUAGCAUCCCACACUCUCUCUCCAUCCCCUUCCCUGCACAAGUGUGUCGAUCUUAGAUGGCCACUGCUUUCGUUGAAGACCCUCGAUGCCAAGAAACAUGUCCCUGGCCUGUAUUAAGCCCACACGUGUCCAUAAUUAAGGGUCCACGCCCAUGUACCUGAAACAUUUGGAAGCCCCGUAAUUGUUCUAGUUAGAAAGGGUUCAGGGCAUGGGGAGAGGAUGGGAAAUUGAUUAAGGGGGCUAUCUCCCAAUGAAAGGGGCAGUCCCAGAAUUUGAUGCAUUUAGAUUCCCCUUCUAUCCUGAAGGGAAGCCCAUUCUAAACUCCUUUCCUGCAAACACAGUUCCAGCUCCUAGUAGCUUUUCUCCAGAAGGCUUUCUUUCCAAUCCUUUAUGCCUUUGGAGACGCCUCCCCAGUUCCCCAGGGAAGGAAACUGCUGUGUCCAACCCCCAUCAAAGAGAAAUUGACCAGUGCUUCCCACUCCAAGUCAAGCUUUAUGCAGGAAUGCUUUUCCAUCAGGGAAUAAAUACUUAGAAGGGCUUACGAUGUGCCAGGCACCUCCUUUCUGCAUGUCCCUACCCUUUUAGUAGCAGACAGAUGGAAACAUUGUCUCAUUUUGUCAAGGAGUCCAAAGAAAUGAUUAUAUAACCAGGAUUCAUCCUUCUUCUCCAGAAAGAUUUUUUUUUGUAAGUAAACACCUUUCAAUCCCCAACACAAGCUGCUUCACAACUCCAGGCUAGAAGGCAGGAGGGCGAUCUGAUGUGUUUCUUUCAUUUGCCAGAAUUCCUGAUACCAAAAGCCUCUCUCUGUUGAGUAACCUAUCAAGGACCAGAGUGGAGUACAGAUUUAGAGUUUAGCUCAGAUCCAGGAUGGGGAAAUACUGCCCUCUUGUGGUGACUUUUCAUCCAGGCCUUGUAGCCAACCGUAAGUGCAAAAUAGAAUUAACCAAUGGGUGGGCAAAAUAGGGUUGACGGGGUAUUUGGGGGUUGUUCGGGUUAUGGCCCGUUUAUUUCCCUCUUCCCCCUGAAUUGGCCUGUAGCAGCUCCAACCCCAUUUCAGAAAAGUGAGUUUGGCCGAGAGGAAUGAGACGUCUCCUGAAAUAGGAACGCUGGAUCAUGCUUACCUACCAUCACUAUGAAUCCAGUUCCCGCACCUUGUGUCGUGAAAGAGCAGAGAGAUGACAGUUAAACUCCUUGGGAGGAGAGAGAGCUUCCUUUGGUUUCCCUGGAGUGAGACAGCCAGGUGGCUUUCUUUUGCCCGGGGAUGCUUCAGACCCAUCAAAAUGGAAUUUUGGGAGCCGACCUGAGUGCAAAUCCUAAUUCUGCCCCUGUUGGUGCAGAUGGCUGUGGGCGGCUCACUUGACCUUUUAGAGUCUAUCUACCCACCUGUAUAACAAGGUGGAUUGAAUGAGACAAUGCCCACGAAAUGCCCAGUUACAGUACCUGGUUCAAAACUUACUGCAUUUUAAUUUUUCACUUAACUUAUAACAUGUCUUGCUUCUCCAGUGUGUGGAAGGCACCAGAGAGUAUGCAGAGAUAAGGGAAACACAGUUCCUCUCAUGCAAAAGGUUAGAAUCUUCUUUUUUCUUUUUUCUAGACAAGAAAAGCUCUGUCACCCAGGCUGGACUACAGUGGUGCGAUCUCAGCUCACUGCAUCCUCUGCCUCCCCCAGUUCAAGCGAUUCUCCUGCCUCGGCCUCCUGAGUAGCUGGGACUACAGGUGCCUGCCACCAUGCCCAGCUAAUUUUUGUAUUUUUAGGAGAGUCAGGGUUUCACCAUGUUGGUCUUGCUGGUCUUGAAUUCCUGACCUCAAAUGAUCCACGCACCUCAGCCUCCCAAAGUGUUGGGAUUACAGGAAUGAGCCACCACGCCCGGCCAAAGGUUAUAAUCUGAUGGAGAGAACACCGGUCUUGGAACUGACAUAAAUUUCUGAGGUUUGAGAAAUGGGUGGGAUUUUACUGGUAGCUUCUGGAAGGUAAGAGUUGGUCAGGAAUUGGGAAGAGAGGAAAGGCACGGACAGGGAGCAUGUAAGAUAAAUUGGGGCUGGCUUUGGAAGGCUGAGGAGGGCGAGAAAAGGUGGGCUGGGACCAGACCGUGGGGAGAGGUGAGUGGCAUGACAAGAAAUUUAGACUUUAUUCGGAAGGCAACAGGGAGUCCCUAAGAGUGUUUUUUUUAAAAGGGGACAUUAUGGCAAUUUGAGUUAUGCUUGGAAAAGAAAGUUCUGGCCACAGUAUAGAGCAUGGCCCGUUGAGCUGUUGGGGGGUUAUUGCUGCAACCAAGGCUUGAGUGAGGGAAGAGGCAGAUGUAGUGAUAAAGAGACUCCACGAACUGAAUCAGCGUACCUGGCGCCCCAUCUGCUAUAGAGGGUGAGAACAAAAGAGAAAUUAAAACAUCUUGCAGGCUGGGCACGGUAGCUCGUGUCUGUAAUCCCAGCACUUUGGGAGGCCAAGGUGGGUGUAUCAGUUGAGGUCAGGAGUUGGAGACCAGUCAGUCAGUUAGUAGAAACCCUGACUCUACCAAGAAAAUACAAAAAAUUAGCCGGGCAUGGUGGCACGCGCCUGUAGUCUCAGCUACCUGGAAGGCUGAGGCAGGUGGAUCACUUGAGCCGGGGAAGUGGAGGCUGCAGUAAGCCAAGAUUGUACCACUGCACUCCAGCCUGGGUGACAGAGCAAGACUCCAUCUCAAAAUAAAAUAAAGUAAAACAAAACAUCUUACCACUAGCUGAGAGAGAGGUCUCCAAAGAGCAGGCUCAGGCAAACGAGUUUUCAGAGCUGAUGUGAUAGCUUCUCUGGAGUCGACAGGGUGAAUCCUUCCCAAGUCCAGCCAUGCCCAGAUGCCUGGAGGGAAAACUGACCCCCAGCCAGUAGACAUCGGUUAAGAACACGGAAUCUUCUGACCAAACACGCUUUCAGCAGCUGCCUGCUCUGGACUUUGAAAGAGGUCAGGUUUUACCCUAAGCUCAAAACAAGUGAGAGUUGUCCUGACCUAGCUCAUGGGACAAAUGGUUCUGACAGGAUGGGCAGUCCAGAUGCCUGAGCCCCUGCCCUCCUACAGCACCAGUGCCUCAUGCAGCCUUUUCAUUCAUGCCAUUAGGAAAUCCAUGGACUUCUAGUCUGUGUUUUAAGCCAGCCAUGUUUCCUUGUAUAUUUCCCUACCCGCUGCCCCAGAUACCCAGCAUACUGCUAUGGCCACCGUGUCCUCAAAGCCUUCUGUCUGUAUCAGGAAGGUAGUCUGAGACUGCCAGGAAGCAACAAGGAGAGAGAAACACUAACUAGUCUUCCUUUAUAACCCAUUCAUACUCUCUGGCUGUCCCCAAACUUCAUAAAGUCUCCUGCAUCCAAAUGUCCUCUUUGGCUCAAAAAGUAGGCCAGGCAUGGUGGUUCAUGCCUGUAAUAGCACUUUGGGAGACUGAGGUGGGAGGAUUACUUGAGGCCAGGAGUUUGAGACCGGCUUGGGCAAUGUAGUAAAAUCUCAUCUCUACAAAAAAAUAAAAUAAAAUUAGUUGGGCAUGGUGGCAUGCUUCUGUGGUCCCAGCUACUUGGGAGGCUGAGGCAGGAGGAUCACUGGAUCCCAGGAGUUCAAGGCGACAGUGAGCUAGGAUGGCAUCACUGCACUCCAGCCUGGGUGACAGAGCGAGACCAUGUCUCUAAAAAAAAAUCAAACUGAAAGACCAGGUGCUGAGAUUGAAGAAACACAGGUCUGAGGGUCUGAGGGAAGGGGCCUGCCUCCCAGGGAGUCAACACAGAUGUUCCCCAUGAACAGGGAUUUCACCUUUGGAAGCCAACCUGGCCUGGCCUCUGCCCUUUAUCUCACACCCCCUAUCCUUGGCCCACUGCCAGUCCCUGCCUUGUGGCAAAAGAACCCCAAAAGAAAAGCUGCCUUCUCCAAAUGUGAGGACCCAGGUACACUUUCACCCAUGGAAAGCAGUGUCUGUUGCGAGUCUGUUUCCUAUUAAUACUUAUCAAAGCCACGUGCGAGGGAGGUGGUCAGGUGUCAAUAUGCCUUAGUAUGUAUCUAUGAGUUUGUUUUGUUCUGGAAUAUCUGAACAGUUCUGAUCAAGCAGGGUUAUGCCUGUCUGGUCCAAAACACAGUCCGUUAUUAACGAGAUGGCCCUGGUAGGCAGGAACACAUCUGCCUCCAUGCACUGCUUCCUAUAGUCUUUUAGAAAAUGACUCCAGGACAUCCAAGUGCCCAGAUUUGACUCUUAAGUUCUAGGAGGCUCUUGCAUGGGGUCUGUCAACCUCGGCACUAUUGGCAUUUGGGGCUGGAUAAUUCUUUAUUGUGGGGGCCGUCUUGGGCACCGUAGGAAGCCGAGCAACAUUCCUGGCCUCCAUCCACUAGACACCUGUAGCAGUGUCCUGCCAAUGGUAACAAUCAAAUAUGUCAUCAGACAUUGCCCAACGUCCCCGGGGACAACACCCCUCUCUGGGACUUCAGGGUCAAGAGAAUCUCUGCUGGCUACCCCAGGACUUCUCAGUAUAGAUUUCCUGGAGCAAGCAGCAGAAGCUUUGCCUGGCCCAGUGGUUGUUGCCAUUAUCUCCUGCCAAAGUGGGAUUUGAGGAGAUCUGGGGGAGGGGGCACGGGGAGGGCAGUAUGCUUUCAAAAACCCCUCCCAGGCCGGGUGUGGUGGCUCAUGCCUGUCAUCCCAGCACUUUGGGAGGCCGAGGCUGGCAGAUCACUUGAGGCCGGGAGUUAGAGACCAACCUGGCUAACAUGGCAAAACCCCAUCUCUACUAAAAAUACAAAAAUCAGCCUGGCAUGGUGGCGGGCAUCUGUAAUCCCAGCUACUCGGGAGGCUGAGGCAGGAGAAUUACUUGAACCCGGGAGGCGGAGGCUGCAGUGAGCCAAGAUGGUGCCACCUCACUCCAGCUUGCUGACAGAAUGAGACCCUAUGGAAAAAAAAAAUAAAUAAGCCCUCUUAUGCCAGGACAGAGGAUGACAGCCCAUUUCAAUAAUACACUAUGUCCUUGGUGUUGGUUCUGAUUAAGACCCACUGAGAUCCAGUGCUCUCGACUCGGUCUCAGUUCCCUCCCACGUCCUGUGCUCUGCCGCCACUGUUUUCAUUGUUGUGUUCUCAUUGUGAUUGUUAAGACUCACACUCCUGGCUCAGCAGUGGUUUUCCAGAAGGCCCAAAGAGUGGUGCCGGGCACCCCACAUCACAGUGUCCUUUCCGGGCUUGGGAAACUGGGGAGAUGGGCAGACCUGGUCACAUCUCAACACACACAAACACACACACACACACACGCUGUCAGAAACUCGGCCUUCCCCCCUACCUCUGAGCUCUCGAUGCUGCUAAUCUCUGCCAAGUGUCCCUGUGCUCCAGCACCUUCCUUGAAGGCCUGACGCCCACCCCACGCUCUUUGCGAGGUUGUCCAGGCUGUGUUCGUCGCAUGCUUUUCUUCUGUAUAGUUCUCAUCUUCCAAUUUUAUGGGAUUCAACAAAAGCCUAUUAUGCUUGUUUGCAUUAUGGUUACAAUAUUAAAAAGUGGAUUCAACUUG